AAUGUAGCAGCUUAUUAUCUCCCUUGACAUGAAAGAUGGCGAACCAGCAGUAUCAACAAUAGAGUGAUGAUAUACGUUCCUUGUUUCUCUAAAAUUUUAUGAGAAGACGGCUUUGAAAUUUGAACAACGCAGUAUGGAUAGAAAACAACACCAGAAUGUUCAAGAGAGCGGUACUUCGUCUACAGCACAAAAAGUGGGGAGUACCGAUUCUCUUUCUGCCCCUGAGAUGGGGGUUGGGUCACUCCUUGAGUCGCUAAGCGUUAGUUCAAAAGGAAGCAAUGGAUCACCAUCAAAAUCACUUUGCUCUUCGGCAUCCACGUCAUCAGAAAAUGUUGAGAACAUGGAGAUGAAGGAAAAUACAAAACAAGGCUUGGCAGAUGAAAUACCCCUUUUGGAAGGAGAAUCAGUUAAAGGCAUAGAUCCAGAUGUGACAUAUCUGUGCCCUUAUGGUGUUCCUAUUCGAGGGACAUUGACUGUUACAAACUACAAACUUUACUUCCGAAGUCAGGAUCGAGAGCACCCAUUGAUUCUGGAUGUACCUCUGGGUGUGUGUAGUCGUGUGGAAAAAAUAGGAGGCUCUACCAGCAAAGGAGAGAACUCUUAUGGCAUAGAUAUUCAUUGCAAGGACUUUCGCCAUCUUCGAUUUGCUCAUAAGCAAGAGAACCAUUCAAGGCGGCAAAUUUUUGAAAAAAUUCAACAGUAUGCUUUUCCAAUUACCUACAAAAAGCCAUUUUUUGCAUUUGAGUUUCAAGGAAAAUAUGAUGUAGAAGAUGGCUGGCGAAUUUAUGAUCCUAUUGUGGAGUACAAACGUCAGGGUUUGCCAACUGAAAGCUGGAGAAUUACACGUAUCAAUGAAAACUAUGAAAUAUCAGAUUCUUACCCAGCAAUACUUGCAGUGCCUACAGCAGCCAGUGAUGAUGAUCUUAGACAUAUAUCUGACUUCAGAACUAGAAGCAGAUUUCCAGUUCUGUCUUGGAUCCACCCAGAGUCACAGGCAACAAUUACCCGAUCCUCGCAGCCUAUGGUAGGUGUGGCAGGCAAGCAUAACAAAGAAGAUGAACGGUACAUCCAGAUGAUAAUGGAUGCCAAUGCUCAGUCACACAAGUUGUACAUUAUGGAUGCCAGACCAUUUGUCAAUGCUGUUGCCAACAGGGCAAGAGGGGGAGGAUUUGAGAGCGAAGAUUCAUAUCAAAAUGCAGAACUGAUUUUCCUAGACAUUCACAACAUUCAUGUCAUGCGGGAGAGCUCCCGUAAGCUGAAGGAGGAAUGCUUCCCUGCCAUUGAUGAGACUCACUGGCUGUCCAAAAUUGAGGCCACUCACUGGCUUGAGCAUAUCAAGGUGAUCUUAGCAGGUGCAGUGCGUGUAGCUGACAAAGUAGAGAGUAACAAGACAUCUGUUCUCGUACACUGUAGUGAUGGCUGGGACAGGACAGCGCAACUGACAUCACUGGCCAUGCUGAUGCUGGAUCCCUACUACCGCACCAUCCGUGGUUUUGAGGUACUGGUGGAGAAGGAGUGGAUCAGCUUUGGACACAAGUUCAAGCAAAGAGUGGGACAUGGUGAAGACAAGCAUUCUGAUGACAACCGCUCCCCAGUCUUCCUGCAGUUUAUUGACUGUGUGUGGCAGAUGACCAAACAGUUUCCAAAUGCCUUCGAGUUCAAUGAACACUUUCUGAUUACUAUCUUGGAUCACCUGUAUAGCUGUCUAUUUGGUACUUUUCUCUACAACUGUGAAAUGCAGCGAGUCAAAGAGAAAGUCAGUGAAAGGACAGUAUCAUUGUGGUCAUUCAUCAACUGCCAAAUGGAGGAGUUUACCAACCCACUAUAUGCAGCUUAUGUCCAUGCACAUGUGUUGCUCCCAGUAACUAGUCUGAGGCGCAUUCACCUGUGGACUGGUUACUACUGUCGAUGGAAUCCACGAAUGCGGCCACAGGAACCUAUCCAUUACGGAAUCAAGGAGCUGUUGGUGCUGAAAGCACAGCUACAAAAGCGAGUGGAAGAGCUACAGAGAGAACUAGCCUCCAAGCAGGCUCGCGCCAAACUACAACCUUCCCCUCCACGCAUGUCCGUCUCCAGUGAACAUAUGAAAAGCUUUACUUUUCUCUGGAUUAUUUGGAGUAGCAUUUGGACCACAAAUGAAUUUUGCUCCUUUGUCCGUAACCCAUCCAUCAAUUUUGAAAAGGUGGAAAAAAAAAACAGUAUAUUACCUGGAUGUAAAGACUGGAAUAUUUGUCAUUUUUGGUCACAUGUGAAUGAAGUAUAGGAAAUGUUCCAAGUUUGAAGUUCUGUGUUCGUGGGGAAAGGGAGUUCCAAAGAGCUGUCAUAGUGCUACAUUUUGCAUAAUGUUUACAUUUGUGUGGGACACAUGUGCUAAUAGCUUUGUCUCGAUAUUUUGGUUACUCAUAAUAAUGUCACCCAUUUCUGAUUAUUUUAUAUUUUUCGUGUUUCUCACAUGCCUUCCUCUUCUUCUGCAUUAUAAUUACUUAAAUUUACAUAUAAACAAAUACAUACUGCAUUCAUUGUGUUUUGGGGACAGAUGAGCUAUUACUAAGAACUAGGAUGAAUUUGUGCUGGAUUCAUGAAACCAUAAACAUCUGUCAACUGCCAAGAUAAAUACUUUUGUGGAUCAGUGGGAUUGGCAGCACUGUGAGGGUCAUUUUAAAAUUUGUAAAGUAGGUUGAGUAGAGUGAAACUGUUAAAAGCAUGUAUAUUAUCGUGGUACUUUUUAUUUAACAGAUUUGUGGAGAUGUUAAGUCCCAAAAGUCAAAUUUUAUUCAUAAAAUUUGAGGAAUAAACUUAAGAAAUUUUUGUGUUAUUUAAAAUUAAUUUGGGUCACCACAGCUAUGUUUGCAUGCUGUGAUACAGUAUUUGUGUAAAUAAAUUAACAUUUGCUUUGUUAAUAUGUUCCAUUUGUUUUGUCUCACAUGAUUGUACUUAAAUUUUGAGCAAAUUAAAAUCACAUUUUCAUAAAAAUUCAAGUUGUAUAAAUCAUAGUGAUUCAUUGUAAAGUGCAAUAGAAUCAAUACAUAUUCUGCAUUUCAUCAGUUACUUCCAUAGUUCAUAAAAAUAAAUUUGCAAUUUUGUUUAAAA